AUGGAAAAUGAUUUGGAACCGUUAAUGAUAGCAAAUACCGAUAGGAAUACUCGAAAUAAUAUUGCGAGGAUAUGGCCAUGUGGCAAAUGUUCAAUAUUAUUAGGCCUUUGUCAUUUGUUUAUCGGUAUAUUUUUAUUAAUAUUUGAUAUAAUAACAAAUAAUAUUUCUGAAAUCGCUUUUGCUGCAACUUCAUCAUUAACAUUUAUUGUAUGUGCGAUACUCGCAUUUAUUGCUUCAAACUUAAAAUGCGAAAUUUUUUUUAGGCGACUCGAUCGAACAUCCCAAUUAUUAUUAUUAUUUAUUUCAUUAUUUGCAAUAGCUUUAACUAUAAUAAUGUUUAUUGAUAGCGUUGUUGUUAUCAAUCACAAUUGUGAUUUGAAUAAUUGUUAUCAGCGUAAAAAUAUUAUCUACUUUGUAAUUUUAUCAAUAUCCUUAAUUGAAUUAACGAUUUGUCUCAUAACAUUAUUCGUUUGUUUCCGUUCAUUGCGAAAGGCUUAUGGUGUAACAAAAGCAAGAUCACCGUAUAGUACACUUAUUGAAGGCAACUAUCAACUUUUUAAGAUAAUCCCAAGGUUAUUUAAAUUUUUCGACGAUAUCAACAAAACGUAA